CCGCAUAAAUGUACGACCAAGACCUUUUUGAGUGUGUUUGUUCGUGAAAAGCUAUUUUCGUUUCUCUACUUUAUUUAGGGAAUAUAUGAUAACUAAAUAACCAAGUAUGGGUGUGCCAAAGUUUUACCGAUGGAUCAGUGAGAGAUAUCCUUGCUUGAGUGAGGUUGUAAAUGAUUACCAGAUUCCAGAAUUUGAUAACCUGUAUCUGGAUAUGAAUGGAAUAAUUCACCCUUGCUCGCAUCCCAAUGAUGAUGAUGCUCACUUCAGAAUUUCAGAAGAAAAGAUAUUCCAGAAUAUAUUUCAUUAUUUAGAGGUUCUCUUUAGAAGUAUGAAGCCAAAAAAGGUGUUCUUUAUGGCGGUGGAUGGCGUUGCACCAAGAGCUAAGAUGAACCAGCAGCGAGGACGCAGAUUUAGGUCUGCAAAAGAAGCGGAAGAGCUCAUUAAGCAGGCAUUACAGAAGGGUGAGGCACUUCCUUCCGAGGAGAGAUUCGAUUCCAACUGUAUUACACCAGGCACGUCAUUCAUGGUCAAACUCCACGAACAGCUAAAGUACUUUGUUAAUAUGAAGAUCACACAUGAUAAGAUGUGGCAGGGUCUUAGAAUAUACCUGUCAGGUCACGAGACACCGGGAGAAGGGGAACAUAAAAUCAUGCAGUUCAUACGCCAUGAAAAAUCACAGCCUGGUUAUGAUCCAAAUACGCGCCACUGCUUGUAUGGACUUGACGCAGAUCUGAUCAUUCUAGGCCUGGUAUCGCACGAACCACACUUCUCGUUGCUCAGAGAAGAGGUGAAAUUUGGUGGAAAGUCACAGAAAAGGUUUUACCCUCACAACUACGCACCAUACAUGUCGGACAUCACCGACUUUGCUGACUUCAAUGUUGAGCUGGACAUGGGCACGCCAUUCCUGCCCUACGAACAGCUACUCGCUGUGCUGCCCCCUGCCAGCAAGAAGCUGGUUCCUGCACCGCUACAGAAAUUGAUGGUGGACGACAACUCCCCUAUCAUCGACUUCUACCCACCAGAGUUCAAGUCGGACUUGAAUGGAAAAAAGCAGGAAUGGGAAGCAGUGGUGCUGAUACCAUUCAUUGAAGAGGUUGUCAGGAUACAGUGUCCCGAGGACCAGGUCUACCACCUGCUGCAUCUGUCGCUGAUGCGCGACUACCUCGAGUACGAGUUCGCUGAACUGAAGGGGGCGCUGUCGUUCCCGUUCGACCUGGAGCAGGUCAUCAACGACUGGGUGCUGAUGGGCUUCCUCGUCGGCAACGACUUCAUCCCGCAUCUGCCGCACAUGCACAUCCACGACAACGCGCUGCCCAUCCUCUGGAAGACCUACAUCAACGUCAUGCCACGCCUCGACGGUGAGAUCAGCAUUGCUAAAGGCGUGAAAGUCGGGAUAAGUGUAGGCCCGAAGGAUAUGGACCAAGAGGAUUUAGACAGUGAUAUGCAGCGCCAGUGGAAGCAGCAAGUUAAUGCACUCUCUACACGGUGUCACGACAGGUGGGGAGUGAAGAUCGGUGAUACUCAUCUCUUGCUGGACGUGCGUCCGAUCAGCGGCAAAAAGUACGUGUGUGAAGAUGAUGGAAGGGUAACGCUUGAGAAGCAGUGGGUUGAGAAGCCGAUCCCGAUGGUAUAUCAGCUCUGUGCCAAGGAUCUGAUUGUCGAGGGUCCAACAUACAAGCAAUUCAAGACAAUUGAUGAGUUUUACAGCGUGGGCUCGGAUUGCUUUAUGUUAGGGCAACCCCACUAUGGAUGCAUGGGUCAGGUUCUGGAAAUUGACCCUAAGUAUAAAGGUCGUAUUCGCAUAAAAGUUGAAGUGCUGCCAGAUUUGAACCUGACGCCGGUGAAAGGGAGAGAAAAUGAGCUGCGGAUCAAGUGGAUGCCGGGUUACGUUGCGGCGAAGCAUCUCUGUGUGAGUAGCAGCAUUGUGUCUCGCAUCACAGGCUCGCUGUAUCUCAUCAAGGGCCCGCGAGGCCAUCCUGACCCACAGAACGCCAAGAUUGGACUGAAUCUCAAGCUAAACAAGACAAACAAAGAGGUGCCAGGCUACACAAAGAAGAUGGACGAUAACUGGUACUAUUCACCAAAGGUGCUUGAAGACGUCGAACGAUAUAUGGAAAAGUUUCCGGAGUUGUUCGAGAGCUUGGCAAACUACUCUCACGAUGUAUACGAGGAAGAUAUCUACCCAAACUCAAACGGCGAGAAGGGCAAGGAGAUUGUGCGCUUCAUUACGACGCUCGGCUGCAGCAAGCUGCCACCGGAGGAGAUCGGCACCAAGUACCUCGCCGAGCCGCUCGUGCGCGCCAUUGAGGACGAGGCGAAGAAGCUGCGCGAAGCCCGCACGCCCGGCAAGACGGUGAAGAUGCAAGUGCGCUCGCAUCUCAUCUACCGGCCCAUCGACAACCCGGGUAGUCUGCAGGCGGACACGACGACGACGUACGCACUGUGGGAUCGUGUCGUUAACGCACGCGACGGCUACAGCGUGCCGCUGGGUCUCCGCGGCACCGUCGUCGGCAUCCUGCCCGGAGCCACGAGUGCUUAUGUCCUGUACGAGGUUGUGUUUGACGAAGCAUUUCCAAAUGCAAUUACGAUCAGGGGCUCGUCGGACUGCGGCUACAGGCUUCCUGCAUUCGCGCUGAUCAACCUCAGCCAUGGAGAGAGGAAGCUGCGUGGGGAGCAGACGCCUGAGGCCGGGCGUGGCCGCAACGAGCCGCGUGCCGCACAGCAGAGGUUCAACCACAGUCCCAACUCCCCGUUCGUGCCACAGCAGAAGAUCCAUCAGCCAGGAUCGUACCCACAAAAUACACAGCCACAGUUUGUGACUCCGAGAGGUCCAAAGAAGUACAGUCCGCUGCCACAACCUACUCACCAGGCAGUCCAAACAAGCGGCGGAUACACUCAUCGACAGAAGAAUUUGCCGCCUCGUCUUCAGCCAAAGCCGCAAGCGACCGACGAGUUCUCACAGAUGUGGCAACAACUGCAAUUAGCUCCAUCUAACGGCAACGUUGCACCGCAGACACUUCCACCUAGUGUGAAUACAGCAGUUCCAAUGUCUAAAGAGAACGUUCCUAGCGUUCGACAGUCAGCUGUCGAUCAACAACGGCAGGCAUGGCAGGGGAUUGGUCCAUCCCUGCAGCAAGCAGCGAAGGCACUAGGGAAGAGCAACAUCACUGCCGAGCGGAGCCGUGCGGCACACGAGAACGAACCGCUUGCACCCCCUCAGCAGCAACAGCAGCCUCAAGACCAGAAGCCGUUGCAACCGCAGGAAAAGCAGCAGCCAUGGCAACAACAAACACAACAGCAGCAACCCGCAAAACAGCAGCCAUGGCAACAGCAGCAACAAAAGCAGCUGACGCAGUCUAAAAAAGAGGACGUAGAGGACAGCACAAAAGCCCUGAAGCAGCUGCUCAACAUUAAGUGUGAAGGAGAUGUUCCGUCAGAGGGAGCCACCAACAGUAAUGUCGACGCCGUCCAGUACGGUAUUCCAGUCUCUGUGGAAGAUCUCUUUAAAACUGCCAGUGAAGCUGCAUUGAUCAGGCAGCAGCAGCAGCAGCAGCCACGGGUGCAGCAGAGGCCGAUCAUGCAUCCACAGGUUCAGGCGCCUAUUCAGCCGAUGUUACAGAAGACACAAAUGGCAGCACAUGUACAGCCAAACCGAGUCAGUGCUCAGGGAAAUCAAGCAGCUAUAUCUGCGCUAGGUGGCAGGCAACAACCGAGAAGGGCCGUAUAUGAUCUGGCGAUGUGGUGCCAGGGAGUCGGCCUCCAUCCACCUCACUAUGAGUACAUUUCGCAGGGAUCUGAUGUGUUCGCGAAGCUGACGCUGAGUAACGGCCUGCGCUGCCAGGGCUCGAUGAUGCGUAGCCGCGACCAGGCGGCAGAGAGCGCCGCCGCCGUCACGCUCAUGCACGUAGGCUCGAACAACCCCGCCAUGGUGCGACCCCCACCACUCACGGCUGGCUUCUCUCCUCGUCCACCUCCGCCACCAGGUGGAUAUCCAGGGCCUAGGGGACUUCACCAAAUACAGAAUUCAUCUGUCCAUGCAGCGAACAUGCACCCUAUCAAUUAUUCAUCGAAUGUGCUUGCCCCAGCGAGAUUUGUGCCACCAGUGAUGCCCCAUGCAGGAAUCAUGAUGAACGUUGGUGGCACCUUCCCUAGAAGCCCACAAGCAAGUGGUGGCAUGGAGCAGAGGGAUUUGACUGGACAGGCACUGGCUCAGAGACCAGUUGAUUUCAAUAAGUCGGAAGCAAGUUCUGACAGCCCGCGAACACCACAGAAGUCAUCCGGUGGAAUUCCUGCUGCAUUCAUACCACUGCAGGUUCAGAAACAACAGACGCCGGUUCGUAAAAAGUCGGCUGAGGUGAUCGUUGGAGAGCAGCCAAUGGCUAGUACCACCACAAGACGCUCGGCAGGCACAAAGGUUGCGGAGGCGUCGUCUGCUGGCAGCACGCAGGAACGAUUGCAGACCACCAACCUGUUUCAACCCGAGCAGAAGCCAAAGGAUGCGCAGCCAAAGCAGAAACCGAAACCUCGCCAGCCACGAAAGUCGCGCCUGGCGAUAAAGUUUAGCACGACCGGCGAGCAAAUAUAGAGAGUGUGUGGAGCGUGUCGCUUUGUGCGUGCAUCAACUGUGAUACUCUUUUGAAUCUUCGGUCAACAGAUGUAUCGUAUAUUAUUUUCGUAAGUAAGGGACGGGAAACGUCUGCAUGUCGGUUGUAUACGUGUGGGAAAAGAUAGUGUACUGCUAUUGUGAGCUGUGUGUUACCACACUACAUGUACAGAAUGCAGACUUAUUGGCACCAAAUUGUUCUCGUAUUUGAGUUUACUAGGCUAGACUCUUACUUAUGGAACCAGUCUUGUGUUGAAAUGAUAUAAAUAAUGCACCUGUGACAACAAACAGUUUAGUGCCCUGUCAGGAACAUUAUUUGACAUUAUUGUUUGUGAAAGCGUAAUGCAGGUGAGAUUCAUGUUGAGUUUCCAUGUGGCUGUAAUUUAGCCGUUUUGAUUAUUUAGCCACAGGUGCGUUUUCUUGUAUAGAACAUAGUGCAAGUCUGUUUUAGAUUUUAGCAACUUGUUUUCAUUGCAAAGACAACACUGACUUUUAUAGUAAGUGUAAAAAUAUGUGACGGUAGAUGAAGGAGUAGAGUUAUAAGCUGUUUUUAAACAUUGAUUUUUUCUCGAAUUAUGAGGUACCUAUGUAAAACCAAAAAUAUAUCACUACUAGUAGGGGUAUGUGUUUGGUAAAGUAAUUUGCACAAGGCAUGAUUGCCAACUGUGUGAAAUGUGCACUUAAUUAAACGUGUGCGCACACACACCGCACACCCACACGCACACACGCAUGUGUGCGGAUACGGACGCUAAACACGCACGCACGCACAGACACAAAGACACACGCACACACAGACACGUACGCACAUAAAUACCCAUACGUACGCGCACACAAACACGAACGCACACACAGACACAAAUACUCACGCGCGCAUGAAUGCACGAACACUGCUUUAGUUAUGUUGAGAAAUCAAUGUUAUCAAUGUCAAAGCCAGUAAGCAUUGAAGCUGCAGUGCAGAGCUCUACACUUCUGAAGUUGGACUGAGCUAAAUUUUGAAAUGUUGGUUACCUGUAUGUCACGCUUAAACUAAACGAAGAGGAAUUAAAAGCAAACGCCACGUAAGUGGAUUUUUUAAUGUGUGUUUAUAAUGGGUGUACUACACCAUUCAAGAAGCUUGUAAAAACUGAAUAGAUGUUUCAGAACAUGUUACAAAA